AUGUUAUGCUGUGCAUUUUUCUAUUCCUCCUUCUUUUUUCCUUAUCCCCCUUCCUCUCAUUUUCUUUAUCCUCCUUUCCCCUCCAUUUUCUUUAUCCUCCUUUCCCCUCCAUUUUCUUUACCCCCCUUUCCCCUCCAUUUUCUUUAUCCCCCCUCCCCUCCAUUUUCUUUAUCCUCCUUUUCCCCUCCAUUUUUCUUUAUCCUCCUUUCCCUCCAUUUUCUUUAUCCUCCUUUCCCCUCCAUUUUCUUUAUCCUCCUUUCCCCUCCAUUUUCUUUAUCCUCCUUUCCCCUCCAUUUUCUUUAUCCUCCUUUCCCCUCCAUUUUCUUUAUCCUCCUUUCCCCUCCAUUUUCUUUAUCCUCCUUUCCCUCCAUUUUCUUUAUCCUCCUUUCCCCUCCAUUUUCUUUAUCCUCCUUUCCCCUCCAUUUUCUUUAUCCUCCUUUCCCCCUCCAUUUUCUUUUUAUCCUCCUUUCCCCUCCAUUUUCUUUAUCCUCCCUUUCCCCUCCAUUUUCUUUUAUCCCCCUUCCCUCCAUUUUUCCCCCCCCUUUUCCCUCCAUUUUUCCCCCCGCCCCUUCCCCCUCCAUUUUCUUCCCCGCCCCUUUCCCUCCAUUUUCUUCCCCGCCCCUUUCCCUCCAUUUUCUUCCCCCGCCCCUUUCCCCUCCAUUUUCUUCCCCGCCCCCCUUUCCCCUCCAUUUUUUUUUUCCUCCUAAUUCUUUCAAUUUCUUUCUCGCCUCCUCUUUUCCCCUCUCUUUUCUCUAA